GGAGCUGAUGGGGAGCCUGGUCCAAGAGGUCAGCAGGGUCUGUUUGGCCAGAAGGGAGAUGAAGGAUCGAGAGGAUUCAACGGACCCCCAGGCCCAGUGGGACUGCAGGUCAGAACCACAACCAGAACCAGAGACAGUCUCUGGAUGUGUCCCAAAUGGAACCCUAUUCCCUAUUUAGUGCUUUGAUUUUGGCCCAUGGCCCAUAGGGCUCUGUUGUUGUGAUUGUGACUGUCAUCAUUGUCUUGUCACUGCAGGGAUUGCCUGGUCCGGGCGGCGAGAAAGGAGAAACCGGAGACGUUGGUCAGAUGGUAAGAUUUCCUAAUAUCCUCUUACACUAUACCUAUGGAGUAGAAUGAAAUAGAACAGAAUACUAAUGUACCGGUAUUGAGUGUAUUAUAUGGAUUGUAUACAAUGAAUUUAGCACUGUCGGAUUCCUAUAUAUGAUCAUAUUUUAUUCCUAUGUGUGUGUGAUGACUCAUCACUCCUUCUCUCCUUCCCUUCUAGGGUCCUCCCGGUCCUCCUGGCCCCAGAGGCCCCUCCGGACCCCCAGGAGCUGACGGCCCUCAGGGACCCCCUGGUGGUAUUGGAAACCCUGGUGCUGUAGGAGUGAAGGUAAGGUCCCCCUGUUAAUACCCUUCACCUCAAUAUAGAACCCUUCCAUAGUAUUCUUAAAGAGCGAUUGCCCCUAAAAAGCAACUUCUCGUUUUCAUUUUGAAAAGGGCCUAUGUGGCAUCGAUAUGAAUCAGAAUAAUUUAUUUUAAUUUCAAAAUGUACUACAAAGUGUAAAUAUGAUCAUUUUGGUCAUAAAGUCAGUCUCAUCCAAAACUGAGAUUUCACGGAAUGAAGGGUACCGUAAUAGUUUUCCGUGGGUUGGGUUUAUUUUAAUCCUGCCCACAUGCCCACAGCUGGCAACACCCAAGUAAUCAUCAAUUCAGAGUGCAGCUACACACGACCCGAUCAAAAUGCCCAUGGUCAAUUUGUUUUGACAUUCAAUAUUCCUAUGGGGCUAGUUAGGGACCAUCAGUAAAUUACACAAUGUACAUGGGUAAAUAUUUUAAAAGGUCAAUAGCUCCAAAUUUCAAUUACUUAAAAACCUCAAACCAACUAUAAAUUGCAGAAAUUCAUAUAUAAAUAUUGAAAGCAUUUCAUGAGACAAUUAAAAGAUGUGCAACAUAAAAAUAUUGUCCCAUUUACAUUGUGUAAUUUAUAGACUGUCCCUAGCUAUCCCUAGAGCUAGGCUAUCCAAAGUCAAACCUACUUUGCCAUGUUCGCACACCAGCCGGCUGAAGCUAAUUGGCUAAAUAAUUUGGAUAACUCUUACAAACCUGCUAACACAGACAAGAGACACCCAAAUCAAACCACACCCCGAAACCAACUCACGCUUGAAUUCAGUCAUGGCAUUUCUAGCAUUUCUUAAUGAACCAAAUCUAAGAACCAAAUCUAAACCGAGGCCAGAUCAGGAAGUGCAGCUUCCUACCGCUUGGCUUAGUCCUCUUGGCCCCUUUGGGAGCAUGGGGCAUCCACCCAUGGCUCUUCUAGUACUUUGAGAUAUACAAAACAGAGGACUCAGACAGUAUUGGGAUGCGUAGUUGUUAUGUAUCUGUUCCUGCAGAGAAAAUGCCCAUGGUUUACAUCAGUCCAGAGUGGAUGGCAAGAUCUAUUUACCCUGUUGUUGAACUCAGAGACAAAAAAUGUCUCAUCUAUCUGUGUAACUCUGGUUUAAAGUAUCAACAAGACACAGAUAUGCUUACUGUGCAAGAGGUCCAACAAUUGCCAGUGUGAGUUUCAUUACAACAUAUACUGUAAUUCAGAUCACCACUCAUUCAUCUUUGCAAAGCUUUUGUCGUCAUUAAUAUUUGAUGCUGCUAUUUCAUAGAAAAUGUUUGAAAUUCUCAAGUGAAAGCGAGCAACACAUACACAGCUUAAUGGUAGUGUUGUCAUCCUCGGCAGUAUUGUCACUGGAGAGAGUAGAAGUGUGAAUAAAUACUCAAAGCUACUGUACUUACAUUUUAGUCAUUUAGCAGUGCGACUUCUGGGAGCAAUUAGGGUUAAGUGCACAGUGACAGAUUUUUCACCUAGUCGGCUCGGGGAUUAGAACCAGCGACCUUUCAGUUACUGGCACAACGCUCUUAACCACUAAGCUACCUGCCGAAUGUAUUAUUAAAAACAGCUCUUAUAAAAUAAGCUCGCCGUCGGGGGCUCUACCGUCCGCUCUGCAAGUUCUCAGCACUUUCUACUGCGAUAAUGGUGUGAAUUGUUUUUUCUGGUCCAGUCGAUGGAAUGACCUUCCCCCUGGGAGCACACAUCCAUCCCAAAAGCUUAGCUCACCGCAAUCACAAUCCUUUCUCUGGCUAAUCUGAUCGGGCAGUUUUUAUAGCAGGGGUUAGGCCGGGCCUGCUAACAGCAGCUUUGGGUGUGUUGUACGGGACCGAUGGUUGUGUGUCUUUUAGUCUGUUAAUAGGAGGGGUGGUGAUUUGAGUUGUUAGAUCUCUGCUAGAGAGGGAGACGAGAUGUAGAAGAGAGAGCGAAGAGGAGAGGAGAUAGAGAGAGAGAGGACGAGAGCGAUAGGAGGAAUAUAAUCCUCUCUAUCGUCUCUCUCUUCUCUCUCUCUCUCUCUCUCUCUCUCUCUCUCUCUCUCUCUCUCUCUAUGUAUGUAUGUAUAUAUAGGUAAUAGGGUGCCAUCUGGGAUGCAACCCCUAGGUGGAGUCAAGCUUCCCAGAGAGACAGAUACACUGGACUGAAUAAAUAGCUUAGGAGAGAAUCACUCAUGCCUUUAAACAGGUCUCUCUCUCUGCUCUCUCUGCUGCCUGGAGUGGAUAUCUUGACAGAAACAAGAGCACUUUGGGAAAGAGCGAAGAUGCUUAUUUAGACUACGAAUGGGUAUGACAUUACAGAGCUAGGUCUGUGCAGGAGGGAGAAUAGGUAUAUGCUUGUAUGGCAUGGCCUAGACCCGCUUAGUCCAACCCAGCCCCCACUAGGCACAGCUUGGUUUGGCUCUGUGACGUUUGAUCCAAACAUUUGACCCAUCCCGCAGCCCAGGGUUAGGUAAACAUUGUCUCUAGGAGCACGUGUGCUGGCAACGUUUAUAUCCCGAUAGGGACUGUGAUGACGGGGCCUUAUGUGACAUUGAAUAAUGAUAGGGCCUGAAGCCUGGGCCUUCUACCCAAUAAGACAGGCGGGAAGAGGAAGGGAGGGAGAGUGGAGGAUGUACGGAGGAGACCAGGGAGGACCCAGAGGUCGCCCGCUCUCUGCCCGCUCCAGGCCCAGCUCUGACUGGCUGUGAUGGAUUGAAACCUCUGGUACCAUCUCUUUCUAUCCACAAUUGGGGGUGACCAAGGAUGUCAGGACAUUGGGUCUACUGAAAAUAUGUAUAUCUUUUUUUGGUUCACUGAACUGAAUUGUUUUUAUUUUCUUGUGUUCUCUCCGUCUCUCAGGGUGAUUCAGGUGAAAGCGGAGAGCCUGGUCUUCAGGGAGAACUUGGCGGACCUGUAAGAGAACCGACAGAACCUGCACACCACCAUCAUCAUCCAACAGAACAACACUCUCACCACAGCACUACACUACAGCAAUACAGAACCCUACAAUUGCCUCUCCACAGAAGAGAAAGAAUUACACUGCUGCAUAUGCAAUAAUUUAGUGAUUCAUUCAUUUAAUACAACAGAUAUAAUGAGACUAUUCCUCUGCUUUUGAAAUAAUUACAUAAUUUAGGACACAGUUUUGAAAUGAUAACUUCACCAUUACCGUAACAAUAACUGAAUCAAUUCAAUACAAUUCAAUAUAUUUUUUAAUGAAAACCAUUAUAGAAGAAUGCCCCUACUGUGCAUUGACAUGAACACAUUAUUGACACACUAACACUGGUGACACACUAAUAAAAACCCUGUUAACACACUGUUGACACACUGUCCCACUGUCACAGGGCCCAAGAGGAGAGCGAGGAGAGAAGGGAGAGGCCGGUCCUGCUGGCUCUGCUGGACCCCCCGGCCCUAAAGGUCCCCCUGGAGACGACGGUCCUAAAGGAAGUCCUGUAAGUCCUGGUUACCCGUCACUAUAGAGUCACAUGUUACACAUAUUGCAGUUGAGUCCUGUUACUGCCAUGUGAAUGUAUUCCAAUGGAUGUUAUGGAUUUGUAAUGAGUUGUCACUGGAAGGCAAAGUAAGAGGUAUUCUCUUUAUGUAUUAAUAAAUUAUCCCUAGAGUCAUUCUAGAUACUGAGCAUUUUGUUUGAUUUCAUUUCCAGGGUCCAAGUGGUUUCCCUGGUGAUCCUGGUCCCCCUGGCGAGAUCGGACAGGCUGUAAGUAACUGAAAUGUUACAAUGAUAUUGUUUUGACAUUCCAGUUACUGUAUUACUUUGGUACCAGUUGAAAUAAAAAAAAUCCCAAACUGUGCUCUAUCCAUCCAAUGUUACGCAACAUUUAUGAUGUCUCUCUUUCUCCUCCCAGGGUUUAGACGGUCCUCCUGGUGACAAGGGAGACGACGGAGAGGCUGGUCAACCUGUGAGUCUCACCUAACGCAUUAUUACACCUGUCUAACGACAAACAAGCAUUAACAAACUCAACAUUUCUCAUAUCUGAAGGCAACUACAGUAAACAUACAAGUACAGUACAAGAGCUUUUAGCACUGCGUCGCUCAUUCCUUCAGUGUCUCUUUUGCUCUCAUCAUGUAAUGUUAACCUUUCUCGCCUCCUAGGGUUCCCCUGGACCCACCGGAGAGUCUGGACCUUCUGGCCCACCAGGAAAGAGAGGCCCCCAUGGAACAGUUGGACCUGAGGGCAGGCAAGGAGAGAAGGGAGCCAAGGGAGAGUCUGGUCUGGAGGGCCCACAGGGAAAGACAGGCCCAGUUGGUCCUCAGGGAGCACCUGGCAAGCAAGGUUCUGAAGGUCUCAGAGGUAUCCCCGGCCCAGUUGUAAGUACAACAUUGUUUCAUAUUUUGUGUCAUAGCCAUUACAGUUACUAGGGGCAGUAACUGUGGAUGUCCACAACACACAUAGAUUAGCAUAGUGACUGAUCUACAAAAGCCAUUGCUAAACCACACGCUAUGGGCAUAAGGGCAUAAUACCAAUAUUGUAUGUGAAGAUCAGUGAGUUAAAGCAUUGACUCUCUGAAUGUUUCCAUGCAGGGGGAACAAGGCCUUCCAGGUUCUUCAGGCCCUGACGGACCCCCUGGACCCAUGGUGAGGACAACUAACCUCUGUCCCCUGACCACUAACCCUGGGUUAUUUGAUGUUACAGGAUUCACAGUACCUUGUCUUUUUGGGUAAUAUGUGUAAUAUUAUAUGUCCUCCCUCUCUACUCUUCUUUCUUCCAUCCCUCUCUACCCCUCUCCCAUAUUAUUUCCAUCUCUCUCUCUACUCCUCUCUCCCUCACAGGGUCCUCCAGGAUUACCCGGGUUGAAGGGAAACUCUGGUAUUAAGGGUGAAAAGGUGAGCCCCCUGUUUCAUCAGAUUAUUGACCACAUGUAGUAUACUUUACAUAUUACUGUCAGUAGAACCGAUGUGGAUGUGGUGGAGGAGUCAGGCGCAGGACACAGAGGCUUCGUCCAACAGACUUUACUAGUCAAAAGUGCUAAAUUACAAUACACGGCCUCGAAAACAAACAGAGGCGAGUGAAUACGUAACAUGCGUAAACACUAAACAAACAAACAGAGCGUCAAAACGCAGCUCCGAAAAUACAGGCAGACAACAACACACAAUCUAACCAAUGCCAAACAGGGAACUUAUAGGACACGUAAUCAGAACACAAACAGACACAGGUGUACAAGACAGACCAAAGCAAUCACACCAUGAAACAUUCAACGGUGGCAGCUAGUACUCCGGGGACGGCGAACGCCGAAGCCUGCCCGAACCAGGAGGAGGAGCAGUCUCGGCCGAAACCGUGACAAUUACUAUGAAAUAUUGACAUCAAUACCUGUUGCAUGCAUGGCUAAAUAUCACAAACUGUAUUGUAUCUCAAAGCUGCUAAUGAGAACCUUGACGACCUUGUACCUAGCCGGUGGGGAUUCCAGUUGGGUACCCCCACCCAGUUAGUGGCAGUGUUGGCAACACUGGCUGCAGUAACCCAUGGGGAGGGGGUCACACUCAGACAAUCAGAGAGGGGGCAUAUUAUUGUGGCCCUGGUGGCACAAAAUAAUCAAAGGUCUGACUGCACAGAGAUGCUGGGGAAAAUGGUCACAACGGGGGACCAGCGUGUGUGUGUUUCAGGGGAAGGGGGUGGAUCUGAUCUCUAUCACCUAGGACUUGGCAUUGGUUAAUCAAAUCUCAAAUGUUUGCCCAGUUUGCUCAAUCUUGCAUGCUUUCUCAAACAGCUGUCACUGUAUAUGCGUUUGUAAAUCAGGUCCUUUCUUGAGUUGGGCUCUGGAAUGUAACAACCAUUGAGCAUCUGAGCUUAUGGUUUAUUGUGGGGGAAAGGGGUUGAGUGUGUAAGAGUAUGUGUGUGUGUGUGUGUGUGUGUGUGUGUGUGUGUGUGUGUGUGUGUGUGUGUGUGUGUGUGUGUGUGUGUGUGUGUGUGUGUGUGUGUGUGUGUGUGUGUGUGUGUGUGUGUGUGUGUGUGUGCGUGUGUGUAUGUAUCCCACAUCAGUUGCAAGGGGGUAAGGAUGUUAGGGACAAUAUAGGAUGAAUCAUAAUAAUUGUUUGCUAAAAUAAUAAUUGCUUGACAAAAAUGUAAUGUAAUGCAAUGGAAAUCCUGGUUAUAGGUAACAAUACUUUGCAUGAACUGCCAACAUUAUUACUCAUAUGAAUUGUUAAUGAUGGAAAUUAAGAUACGCAAAUUGGAGGCUCCUUACACUUCAGCGUUGUGAUGCAAAAAUUCUAGCAAAAUGUAUAGUGCAUAGAAUGAAAAAGGUAUUGUCGGACAUUAUUCAUCCUAAUCAGACAUUGGAUACAUUGGAGAUAAUAUAAGGCAAGUACUGGAAACAAUAGAACACUAUACAACAUAUAUUGUGGUUAAACUAAAAUAUACUAAUUGAUUAAAAAAACAUUAUUAUUAUUUUAAUUUUAAUUAAUUUAAUUUUUUUUUUUUUAGGUAUAAUCUUCUUAAAUUAUAUCACAGGUAGGACUGGUGGAGUUAUGUCUCACAUGCAGCUAACAAAAACAUAUGGAAAUGUCUGCUCUACCCAAAAUUACAACCAACUAAUUGCAGCAUUACCGCAAAAAUGGAAGAGGAAAGUGGAAGGGUAAAAAAGAAAGGUACUUGUCUGUCGGCUCUGCAUUAAAGACCAUAAUUGGUUAAAGAAAAUUGUGAUAAAUAAAAUAGUAUACCAGUUUCAGUUAAGGACCAAAAAAUUGACAGCCGUGCCAUGUAGAUGACAAAAUAGUUGGGAAGAGAUUUUUGACAUACUGAUUCCAUGACACAUGGUUUAUGAACGACGCCAGAUUCAAAACUUAGAAUUUUUCAAUUUAAAUUAUUAUACAAAAUUCUUGUAACCAAUAUAAUGUUAUUUAUAUGGGGCAUACAACCUUCCCAACUCUGCAGAUUUUGCUGUGAAGAGACAGAAUCAUUAGAUAAUUUGUUUUGGUACUGUCCAUAUGUAGCUUGUUUUUGGUCACAGGUCCAGGAAUGGCUGAAUAAUUGCUAUAUUUACCUGGAGAUAACCCUGCAGAUAUCACUACUGGGUGUUCUGAAAAGUCAUAGUCAAUCGAUCAAUAAUAUAAUAAUACUUUUAGCAAAAAUGUUUAUUUUCAAUUUACAAUCUGUAGAAACAUUGAGAGUAGAAAGGUUCAGAACUUUUGUGAAACAUCACAGCACAGUUGAAAAAUAUAUGGCAAAUAGAAAUCCGAUAUGGAUUGUGUUAAGAGAUAGAUGGGAGGGGUUGAAUGGAGCUGAAGGUUGGGACUAAUAACAACUAAUAACAAUAAGAUAACUAAUGUAAAUCAUACUGUGUCUGUAAAACGUAUAUAGGUUAUAGGUUAAGAACUUAUGUGAAAGAACACAGUUUGAAAGAUAUGGUAAAUAGAAAUCAAACCGUAUGGCCAUCAGAAAUAGAUGGGAGAGGUUGAGGGUAGAGGAAGGACAGGAGUAAAAACAAACAAAAUAGAACUAUUGUAAAAUUGACUAUGUCGAUAAAAUUUACAUAGUAUGUAUGAGCUGGAAGUAGAGGCCAAAGCGUUGUUGUUCACUAGUUUACUCGAGUUAGGGGAGGGGUGGUAGGGUUAGAAGGUAAUAAAGGAAAAUAUAUAUUUUUUUAAAGGAUAUGUGUAUAUAUAUAUAUAUAUUAUAUAUAUAUAUAUAUUUAUAUAUAUAUAUAUAUAUAUAUAUAUAUAUAUUAUAUAUAGUAUUAUAUGUAUAUAUAUAUAUAUGAUAUAUAUAUAUAUAUAUUAUAUAUGUAUUUAUAUAUAUAUAUAUAUAUAUGUAUGUAUGUAUGUAUGUAUGUAUGUAUGUAUGUAUGUAUGUAUGUAUGUAUAUAUGUAUGUAUGUACAGUACCAGUCAAAUGUUUGGACACACCUACUCAUUCAAGGGUUUUCCUUUAUUUUUACUAUUUUCUACAUUGUAGAAUAAUAGUGAAGACAUCAAAACUAUGAAAUAACACAUAUGUAAUCAUGUAGUAACCAAAAAAGAGUAUAUUUUAUAUUUGAGAUUCUUCAAAUAGCCACCAAUAAGAAGAAGAGAACUGCUUGUUCCAAGAAAAACGAGAAAUUGACAUUAGACCGGUAGAUGGUUUUUGCGACUUCACUUGAAGAAACCUUAAAAGUUCUUGAAAUGUUCUGUAUUGACUGACCUUCAUGUCUUAAAGUAAUGAUGGACUGUCGUUUCUCUUUGCUUAUUUGAGCUGUUCUUGCCAUAAUAUGGACUUGGUCUUUUACCAAAUAGGGCUAUCUUCUGUAUACCCCCCCACCUUGUCACAACACAACUGAUUGGCUCAAACACAUUAAGAAGGAAAGGAAUUCCACAAAAUAACUUUUAAGAAGGCACACCUGUUAAUUGAAAUGCAUUCCAGGUGACUACCUCAUGAAGCUGGUUGAGAGACUGCCAAGAGUGUGCAAAGCUAUCAUCAAGGCAAAGGGUGGCUAUUUGAAGAAUCUCAAAUAUAAAAUAUAUUUUGAUUUGUUUAACACUUUUUUGGUUACUACAUGAUUCCAUAUGUGUUAUGUGUUUUUAUUUCAUAGUUUUGAUGCCUUCACUAUUAUUCUACAAUGUAGAAAAUAGCAAAAAUAAAGAAAAACCCUGGAAUGAGUAGAUGUGUCCAAACUUUUGACUGGUACUGUAUAUAUUUGCAAAAUAUAUAUGGGGAAUGAUAUACAGAUUAAGGUUAAUAAUAAUAUAUAUAGAUAUAUUUAUUUUAAUAAAAAGUAUACUGUACAUAUUACAGUGAAAUAUUGACAUCAAUACCUGUUGCAUUCAUGGCUAAAUAUCACAUACUGUAUUGAUCUUCCACUGUUAAUGAUGUUGAAGUCUAAUAGCCCAUAGGGAUACAGGUGAAACGUGUCGGUAUAGAUACUGUAUAUUGCAUACCUUACACAUUCAAGUUAAUGAUAACUGACUGCUCUGCGUUCAAACCUAUUGAUUGUGUAUCUGGUAUCAGCUCCAGAGCAGUGAGUCAUCACACUAAUGAUAUAUGAAGAUAGUUUGACAGAGAGACAGAUGUGAGUAAUUCAAUGUUUGAUUGAUUUUUGAAGUAAGUUUAUUGAUCUGUAUGUUUCUGAUACUCUCCUCAGGGCCACCCUGGUCUGAUCGGUUUGAUCGGGCCCCCAGGUGAGCAGGGAGAAAAGGGUGACAGAGGUCUGCCAGGGCCCCAGGGAACAUCAGGACCGAAAGGAGACAAUGUGAGAACACCCCCAACUCAAAUAACAUAUAAUAUUAUAACAAGAAGAAAAUGUUAUAGCAAGCCUCCAACUCAGCCUGACAUUAGUUAACCUAAUAAGUGACAUGUUUUGGUUUGGUCUGGCAUAUCGUUGAUCAUAUCAAGUCAUUUAAUAGCACAGUAAAAUGUUUGAUCACAAAAUGAUAACACCAACUUUGUAUUGGGGUUUUUUUCCACCCUUCUUUUCACCCUCUCUCCUUCCUCUCUUUCCUCUCUUCCCUCCCUCUCUCCCUCCAGGGUAUUGCUGGCCCCUCAGGUCCUCUUGGUCCCCUGGGACCCCCAGGAUUACCUGGUCCUCCUGGUCCUAAAGGAGCUAAGGGGUCAUCGGUAAGCGUCCCCACAAACCACCAUGUCCCUCUAAACCAUGUCAUACUGUCCCCUCUUAAUCAUGUUCCACUGUCCAUAUAAGUUGUAUAUAUGACCCUCUAAAGUCUAAACCAUGUCCUAUAUACCAUAGAGGCUGUGUAGAUGACGCUGUGUUGUGUUCUGUCUUCCUCAGGGUCAAACUGGUCCCAAGGGAGAGACUGGUGUUCCUGGACAACCAGGGCCUCCUGUAAGUUAUCUCCACGAUUGUGUGAUGUUGUUUUAGUAUUACUUUACGUAAACUGAACUUUGCGAUAUGACAGUUUAGAAUAGAAUACAAUAGUAUACUCCCACUGUGGUCCUCUGUAGCUCAACUGGUAGAGCACGGCGCUUGUAACGCCAAGGUAGUGGGUUCGAUCCCCGGGACCACCCAUACACAAAAAUGUAUGCACGCAUGACUGUAAGUCGCUUUGGAUAAAAGCGUCUGCUAAAUGGCUUAUUAUUAUUAUAAAACCACUCUCUUCUUCCACUCUUCUCACCUCCUUCCAUCCUCCUCUCCUCCUCUCCCCCUCUCUCAUCUUCUCCACCUCCACAGGGUCCUCCCGGUGAUGUCAUCCACCCACUGCCCAUGCAGUCAAAUCCCAAGAGGAGCCGCAGGAACAUCGAUGCCAGCCAGAUGAUGGACGAGGCCAACGCUGAUGCCAACUACAAGGACUACGACGACGGCAUGGAGGAGAUCUUCGGAUCCCUUAACUCCCUCAAGCUGGAGAUCGAGCAGAUGAAGCACCCGCUGGGAACGCAGGGCAACCCCGCCCGCACCUGCAAGGACCUGCAACUCUGCCACCCCGACUUCCCCGAUGGUGGGCAUGGAAAAUCUGAAAUUCAAAAUCUGACGUGCUCAGAUUGUGUUCAGUUUAUAAAUUCUGUUAAUAAGUAUUUGGGUGCUAUAGCCCAGGAGUAAUCCGACUUUGUAUGAAAAAGACGCCCAGAACACGUUAUCUAUCUUAGACAAGUGAAUAUGAUGUCAAUGCCAAUGGUCAAGUGUUAUUAUAGUGGAUUUAAGUGGGAUAGAGAAAAAGGAUUAGAAAUAGGAUUAGCCAUCUUGAAUUUCUUUGAUGAUAUUGCCUGUCAUUGCAGUGUAAGUGAGCUAAAGAAUAUGCCCUCUCUGGAAGGCUAAAUCAUGCUAAUUUAAACAUUGAAUGACCUCUGAUGAAAAGGUUUGUAAUUGUUAAGGUUCCCUCCUUCCCCCUCUCCGUCCCUCUUCAUUUUCUCCCUUCCUCCCUCCCUCCCACCCUAUAUUUUUGGUCAUUUUCAGGUGAAUACUGGAUCGACCCCAACCAGGGUUGCUCUAGGGACUCGUUCAAGGUCCAAUGCAAUUUCACAGCAGGAGGAGAGAGCUGCAUCUACCCUGACAAGAAGUCUGAAGGGGUAAGUCAUGGUGCUUUUACAUACACAACUGGUCAAAUGGUCACAUUUUGAGAGCAAGUGAUAGAAAUUAAAUGGGAGAACGUGCUUAAAAUGAAUGCUUAAAAACUGUAACCGUAUACAUUUUAAAGGUUUUGGUUGUUAUAAUGAGGGGAAUACAAAUUCUUAAAAGCGGGCAUGAUGAUAUUUCUGGUUGAUUGAAAUAGUGUGUUGAAUUUCUUUGUAUCUACAAUGUUCUGUCAACUGUUUCGUAUUUGAUUGACAGGUUAAAUAACUCAGACUGUAUGCUGCGGAUAAGUGUAUAUAAUUGUUCUUCUUCCCAGGACCCAGGCAAACUACUGUGCAUAUAAAUCAUAUCUACCUCUCUUCUGACAGUACUGCAUAAUCACAUAACACCUCCUCCUGUGCCCACACCCAUCACGUUUCAUUAUUACCUUACUGGUAUGAGUGUAAUAUCAAGAGGAUCCUCCAAGCCCCUAGGGGGCAGUCACUCCCAUUUAAGAUGCUUGGUGUUGCACACUGCUGACAUGUCAUGAUGUCAAUCAAUAUAUUUGGGGCAGUCACUCACUGUCAACGGAGAGUCAACUAUUCACAAACACACACAGGUGUAUAAACGCAUCCGUUUUGCUGUGCCAUCCUCCAGUUAAGUGUCAGUAGCCUAGUGUUGUGCCUGCCCUAUGCACCUGUAAUAGGUUAUGGCAGGUUACAGGCACCCAGAGAGGAUUCUGCUGCUGGCUGAUUAUGCAUGGAGAACAGGAGAGGAGAUGAGAGGAGAGAAGUAAAACACAGGAAAGUUUGUCAGUGACAGGUCAGGGGAGAUCUGUAAUGACUUUCUGCUACAGGACAUUUUAACGAUCCACUGGUGCUUUGAGACGCAUAAAUUCAGAAUAAUGAACCUGACUUUUUAUAGCCUGGGAGAGUGAUGGGCCGGUGGGAUGGUCUCGUUGGUGUAGAGUGGAGAGAGAGAGGACAUAUGAACAGAGGCCCUGACAUUGACAUGCACACAUGUGGGCACCUGCGCACGCACACGCACACACACACACACAUACACAGACACACACCCUCUCUCCUUCCCUGUAGCCUGGGACACUGUAUCCCUAGAUCGAUAGAUGAAGGAUAGCAGAGUGAAAUAAACAGUCUUUUUUUCCCUUUGCGUGAACAAGCGUGUACACGCUGGAAUUAGAAUGCGCGGUAGUGAAUAAGAGAAAACAGACGCCGUCAGUGACGUCAUGCGCUACAAAUUAGAAAGCAAGUCUACUUUCCUCGCGUCUACCCGAAGCAAUGCUGGUAAAGUGAGCAGAUAAAUUGCCAGAAAAUAGACUUUGUGAAUUGUUAUGUCUGGAAUUUGUGACAUAUAUAGUUAAAAAGUGUCUAUUUGGUGUUGAUAAGUUCAGCUGCCAGUUCCAAUAAUAGGCCUACGUAUUUCAAAACAAUAACUUUAUGCCUACCUUUGUUGGCAUGGUGAUAUUUCUGGUUGAUUGAAAUAGUGUGUGGAAUUUCUUUCUAUCUACAAUGUUCUUUAUGCCUACUUUUGUUGAUUUUGAGCACAGUCAUAUGGCCUAGGCAGGCUACGGCUGGGAAACUCGAGGAACUCUGUUCGAGAGAAUACUGUUAUGUAGAAACGAGACUAGCUAAAUUCUUUAUAAACUGCAAGGGUGUAUUAGCUACAACUCUCCUCACAUUGGUGAGCCAACAUAACAGGAGGCAGGUAUGGUGGCUCCCGUAGGACAUAUAAGGUGAGUCAAAAGGAACACCACAACAAUUCACAAGGGCUACAUAGCGAACAUAACAAAUACAACUGUUUAUUAUGGAUUCUCAUGACAAUUAAGUUGGCAUACGCUACGCAGUGGAUGUGAAUUGACGCCCUCUACUCUCGCACGCACAUUUUGACGCCAUUGACGGUGUCUUUCUGUGUGGUUUCGGCUUUAGAAGUAGAGGGUAUCAGUUCUCUCCCCCUUUGGGCCCCCCCUUCUGCUCUCGCCACUUAUGCCUUUAAAACAGCAGGGGGUUUUCAAAUCAAAUCAAAUGUGUGUUUAACGUAUGCUGUCUCCCAGCGUUAAGCGAUCUCCAGCUGAACAUUAAUUAACACAUUAAGGCAUUGAUGACAAGCCCUGUAUAAACCCUGUAUCAGACUAAUCUGGCUCAUUCUGAGCUAGCCAUAAUAUUCUAAUUAUUGUUGUUGAAUAAGUCCAUCACACUGGCGUACUGCUGGCCAUUUAGUCUGAUACAGAUCUUAAUGGGGAAAAAAACAAAGAUAAUUAUUGGUGGUUAUAAAGAAGCAAAAGCUGAACAGAAUGUAAAACUUUCUCGAUGGCUAGACGGUUUACAGCUUUUAAAUUGAAAAGUUACUUCUUGUUGGCUCUACAACAAAAGCUUUACUGGCUUUAAAUGAAAUCCAUAAAAACAAAGCCACCUACUUGUCUCAGCAUAAACAGCAGAAGCUUAAACCAUAAAGUAUAGUCACUUCUGUAUGGUUGUAGAGCAAAACACUUAGCAAUAGGGCAUUUGUAAGCUGGUCCCUUGGAGGCUAACGGCUGCAUCCGAAAUGGCACACUAUUCCCUUUAUAGUGCACUGCCCUGGUAAUGCACUAUAAAGGAAUAGGGUGUCUUUUGGGCUGCGGCCAACGUCUCCUAACUAAUCACUGUGUACUCAUUAAUAUAUUAUCAGUAAUUAGCUGCCAGACAAUGUUUAUACAAAACACCAUAAUAGCUUACUAAGCCUAAAGUCUUUUACACUGUCCCGGGCUGUUCGGUGUCACCGAUACUUCUGCAGGUCUGGCAGAAGCUACAGAGGGCCAAGGGAAGGAGGGACGGAGGGGUGGAGGGGUGGAGGGGUGGAGGGGACGAAUGAGGGAUGACUGUUCUUACUGUUUUUCUUUCUUUAACCUUCGUUUUUUCUCCUCCUCCUCCUGCUCCUCCUCCUCUUCCCCCAUGUUUCACUCCCUCCGUACCCCAGACUAGGCUCACGUCCUGGGUAAAGGAGAUCCCUGGCUCCUGGUUCAGUGAAUUCAAACGUGGUAAACUGGUAAGCCGCCCUGAUGCCCCCCUUCCCCUUCCCUUUUUCCUGAACGGCUCAUCUCAUAUUUUACAGAGCAAAAUGGCAAAAUGGCCCAAAGACGCCCCAGGCUCUUGGUAUAGUCGCUACAAGCGAGGUUCCCUGGUAAGUGGCACGCCCGCAGGUCUCUGGAGGCCCAGCAAGAGUGACUCCUUGCUGGGUCUCUGGGGGCCUAAGGGCCCUGCAUGGUUCUAGGUUCUGGUUCUGGUACUGGUCAGUACUGGUUCUGCAUGGUUCCUGUACUGGUUGGUACUGGUCUCUGACUGGCAGUCUGGCUUGUGGUUGUGGCGACACUGCUCUGCAUGGUUCAGCAUGAUCAAUCUCAGCUCACCUUCAGUAAGACAUACAGCUGUAGGUGAAGAGGCUCCUCCUUCCAGAAUAGAGGGAGACAGUUGGUGGAGCAGACACACACAUAGACAUUCUUUACCAUGGCAACUAGUAGUUGAAGAAGUUAAAGAAACGUUUCCAUUGAAGAAAAACUUCAGUAGAAAUUCAAUACAAAAUGUUAAGUGUAGUACAAAAAAUAAAUGAAUUUAGUCAAUCAUAGUGUGUUGGUUCUGAAUGUUGCCAUGGAAAAGUAUGACGGUAAAUGCGUCCACUCAACCUGACUUCCUCUGAAGUUGGAGAGCAUCACCUAGAAGUGACUGAGUGCCUUGACAAUCUCACAGUUAGACACACAUUUUAUAUUUAAACACACUAACAACAACUACUCCUAUUGACCUCAGCAUUUUCCAGUUGACUCAGAUGCAUACUGUAUAAAUACAUACCUAUUCAUAAAUAGGUAUGUAUGUAUAGUGAAAGCUACUCACAGGAGCGUGAUUAGGCACCAUUUUGUUCCUGCUACACUCAUUUCACACAUUCACUUCCUCAUUCACUCUCACAUCAGGAUUACGGUAGGUAACAACACUGAUUCAAUGUGAACAGUCAAAGGUCAGGCACUCAGUCAUCUUCCCAAGGGCUUUUCGGUACUCAAACACUUUUGACUUGCGGCUGUGAUGAAGAGGUAAUGUUUCCAUGGCGAUGUAGGGCAGGUUCUACACGCUGGUUCUGCGGGGCAGAGCGGGUAGGGGGGAGGAGGGAUGAGGGAGGGAGGAGGUGUGGGAGGAACAGACAGGAGCAGGGGAGGAUCUACCUAGCCUCUCUGAGUACCGGGACACUCACAGGGGUGAGGGGUACUACUCCCUUUAUGAGCCACUGAUGAACAGACACUCAUACUAGACAUAAUGGACAUAGUUGUCAUCCUUUAAUAUGUCCAAAAAUAUAAACGCAACAUGCAUCAAUUUCAACGAUUUUACUGAGAUACAGUUCAUAUAAGGAAAUCAGUCAUUUGAAAUAAAUUCAUUAGGCCCUAAUCUAUGGAUUUCACAUGACUGGGCAGGGGCGCAGCCUUGGGUGGGCCAGGCUCCCAAGUGGGUGGGCCUAUGCCCCCCACCCUGGGCUGGCGUGGUUACACGUGGUCUGCGGUUGUGAGGCCAGUUGGACGUACUGCCAAAUUCUCUAAAACGACGUUGGAGGCGGCUUAUGGUAUAAAAAUGAACAUUCAAUUCUCUGGCAACAGCUCUGGGGGACAUUCCUGCAGUCAGCAUGCCAAUUGCAUUCUCCCUCAAAACUUGACACAUCUGUGGCAUUGUGUUGUGUGACAAAACUGCACCUUUUAGAGUGGCCUUUUAUUGUCCCCAGCACAAGGUGCACCUGUGUAAUGAUCAUGCUGUUUAAACAGCUUCUUGAUAUGCCACCCCUGUCAGGUGGAUGGAUUAUCUUGGAGAAGGAGAAAUGAUCACUAACAGGGAUGUAAACAAAUUUGUGCACAAAAUCUGAGAGAAAUAAGCUUUUUGUGCGCAUAGAACAUUUCUGGGAUCUUUUAUUUCAGCUCAUGAAACAUGGGACCAACACUUAACAUGUUGCGUUUAUAUUUUUGUUCAGUACAGAAAAUGUACAUCGGAUUUGAUUACUUCCUUCUCAUAGUAAUUUGUAAUGUCCAUUAUUGUCCAGUUUGUAUGUGUGUGUGUGUGUGCGUGUGCAUGUGAGAAUAUCUAUACACACACACACACACAUCAGUAGCUCCAUGCUCCGACUGCAUGGCAUGGGCGUUGCAUGUGCUUGGCUCUUGGUCUCAGUCAGUCCUGUUUGUCUGAAAGAAGAAGAGAACCCUGUGGAACUGAUGGUGGAACACUGCUGGUUGGUAUGGAAACGGAUCUCCACCGUAAUAGUUCCGUGGCAUCACACCAAAGACUGAUGUUACCACGUGUUACUGGAUGGAUCAUCAGUCAGUAUUCACAUAAACAAGGCAAAUUAGGCAAAUUCUACAUUACGCAAACCGAUUAAACUAAACCAUUAUUAUUUUAAUUAAGACAAUUAUGUUUGUGCAUCAUGUUUUACAUUUCCUAAUGAGCUUGUUUAAAAAACUAAAUGUCCAUAAUUGUCUUAAUUAAAGUUAAACUGUUUAAUAACGGAUAGCUUCUCGAUUGAGAGUAAUCGUCACUUGUUCAUUGCUAGUAGACUGCUAUUCCUACAGAACCAUUGUAGUCUUUCAGCAGAGAAUAAGUCAGUCAGUAUCUAAUGCCCAGAGCCUGUAGAUUAGACCUCCUGUUAUAACCCGUCUGCCUUACUGUUCCUCAGACAAAGGCUUACUCCUAGAGCCCCAGUCAGACAGACAGACUCCAUAAUACAGCAACCCUCUCCAUCACUCCCAAAACUGGGUGAUGAUGGCCUAGAUAUUUCACUCUAAAGGAGUUAACCGGGAUACAACCCUCUCUGAUAUAUCCCCCCGCCUGAUUUGUCGUCUGAGGAAUCGGGAUUAUGACCUACUCCUGUAGUUCCGCCGUGAAUUAUGGGUAAUGAAGCGUAAUAUGCUCUCUGCAGAAGCGCCGGACGCUGUUGCUCUCCUUAACCACAACCCCACUCUCUCCCCCGAGCAGCAGUGAAAGAUGGGACAAAUGCGCGUGUCGCGGCGCACUGCACUGACCGAUUGACAUCCAUAAUUCUGUUAGGCCAGCCGUAGCAUCGGAGAGAGAGAGGCGAGGAAUGUUGACCUGUUUGAGUGACGGUGUGUCAUCGCUCUGAGUCCAACACAGCACUGCUGCAGACACCUGCAGUUGUUAAUGGCUGUCCGCAAACAACGAAGACGACACUCAUUUUACAUCUGAGUCAUUUACCAAACGCUCUCAUCUAGAGCUACUUACUGUUAGUGCAUUCAUCUUAAGAUAGCUAGGUGAGACAGCAACAUAUCACAGUCGUAGUAAGUACAUUUUUCCUCAAUAAAGUAGACAUCAGCAAAGUCAAUGCUAGUAGGAAAAGACUAGUGCAAGGGUUAAUUAUUCAUUUAUUUUUUAGACACUCCUAGGUGUCGGAAUUAGAGUUCACAGAUAGAAAAGAAACCCUAACGAGGCACCUCACAGUACAUGAGAACAGUGUGAUGUGUAGAUUUGGGUGUUCUUGUCUGAAAUGGCACCCAAUUCCCUAAAUAAUGCACUACUUUGUAUCAGAGCACUGCUCAAAAGUAGUGCACUAUUUAGGGGAUUAGGGUGCCAUUUCAGAUGCACCCAAGCACCAAUACUAUGUAUGUAUAGUGUCUGUAUUAGUCCCCAAUGCCUAGACCCUUUAUCCCCUCUCCUUCCAUCUGUAGCUCUCGUACGUGGACGCUGAGGGCAACCCCAUCGGCGUGGUCCAGAUGACCUUCCUCCGGCUGCUGAGCGCGGCCGCCCGCCAGAACCUCACCUACAACUGCUACCAGUCAGUUGCCUGGCUCGACCAGGACGGGGACUCGUACGACAAGGCCAUCCGCUUCCUGGGGUCCAAUGAUGAGGAGAUGUCCUACGACAAUAACCCCUACAUCAGAGCCGUGGUGGAUGGCUGCGCGGUGAGUGGCUGGAAGAUUGUGUGUGUCUUGGGGGUGUGUGUGUGGGUGAGAUGUCCUUAGCACCGAAAUACUUUCUCAAAAUGUCCCUCCUUUCUCUCUCCCUGUUUUCCAGUUGAAAAAGGGCUAUGAAAAGACAGUACUUGAGAUCAACACACCAAAGGUGGAACAGGUGCCUUUUGUUGACAUAAUGUUCAACGAUUUCGGCGGAGCCAUGCAGAAGUUUGGAUUCGAAGUGGGUCCUGUCUGUUUCAUCGGCUAAGACUGUUUACUGAACAAAAUGGAGAAAAUAAAAAGCAUAUUUGUUUUCUCAAAAACAAAACACAUGAAAUUAAUAGGACAAUUUUUAUUUGUAUAAAACAUUCUGUGUCCAAAAGCAACAAGUAUAAUAACAAAAAUUCAAGAUGAGAAUACUAGAAUACAUUUCUAUAGGAUUUCAUAAGAAAUAAUAAAACAAGAGCAACCUUGCAACCUCAGUGUGCCUUCUCCAUCACAUGCAAGUUUUGAAACUGGAUAAGUCAGAUACUACCGACCCCUAUCUUCACCCUUGACCCCUAUCUCUGACCUGAAACCUCCACCCACACCCAGUGCACUUGAUGUAGAUCCAGUCUGCCUGUCCAACGCACCCGAGGCAAACCUUUACCUGGAAUUGCACUUGUUUCAGAAGAUUGCCAUGGACAGUUUGCUUCUUUGUUUUUUUUAGUUUUUUUAAAUUACAUCUCCCUCUUUACUCCCGCUUUGAAUAUUUUAUUCAUUGGUUCAUUCAUUCGCUCAUUCAUUCAUUAAUUUCGAAAGCUUUGUUUUGUGCAUAAUUGUCUCCCCAUUCUUCUGAAUGGAGCUUAUAUAUAUAUAUAAAUAUUUUUUGUAUGUUUGUAAGUACUUUCUGUAUAUUUUUCCUGGUAAUGUUUAUUGAUUCUGGCUUCAAAACGUGCAUGUGACCUUUUAGGAGAUGAUGGUUAUUGGAAUAUAUCAAAUUUGCAGAUACUAAAGUGAGAAAUUGGACAUGUAAAUUGGAGAAUAGAUGAGGAGUGCUUGUCUUGUUGCUGGCUGUGAAGGACACGUAAUUGUAAUUUAAGAACCGAAUGAAAAUAAAAGUUGGAAAAAAACCUCUGCACUACUAUGUGAGAGUUGAUUUGCAGAAAAGAAAACGUGUCAAGAAAAAAAUACACAAAAACAUUCCUCCUCUUCUUGUGUCCUCCUGAAGUGCCUAUUUUGGUUGCAUUUUGAGAUUUUAUUAACUUAAUAAACAGUCUUUUUAUGUAAUUUUUUUCCCAAUACUUCAAUAUUUCUAAUCUAUCAAACUAUAUAUGCAACGUGAGAUGUCACAUUUCAAUGAAGCACAAGAAAUCAAAACUUAGGUGCUAUUUUCUCUCCUCUGUGGUGCUAUGAUAUUUUCUAGUUUGUUGUUAUUUUGAAAGUACAGUAAUCUGAUGGCGGUGAUGUUAACCUGUCACCAUGACUACCCUGUCUGCCCCUGACCCUCUUAGCCAUUACCUCUGGCACAAUAACAUCUUCACUGCAUUCUUAUUUAUGUCCAGGGGUGUUUUAAUGCAUGCCAGUUUGCUUCAUAUUCAUCCAUAGAUCAAUGCAGUAUUUCAUUUUAUGUACUUCUCUGCUUCCAAGGCCCACUUAGUAACAACUCUACUAGUGUCUGAUCAUACUGCAACUUACUUGGAAUGUGCUAAAUGAAAUAAGAUUGUACUUGGGUGCCGGAUGUGGUGCUAAUUUAUUUAACUUUCUUAGAUGUCUUAAAAAAAAAGAAAGAAAACGGUAGAAGCGAUACUGCAAUGUUUCCCAUAUCAUGGUUCCAAGACUUGGUGCAUUUUGUGAAUGGAUCUCAAUGAUUGGAUCAUCUUUUUCCACUUCAAGCUUUUUCCUGCUUUCCUUUUUUGGGGGUGGGGUGGAGGUGACUGGUUUGGAAGGGGUACCCCGUUGAGUAUUCCAAAGCACAUGGCUGCAGAAAAGUUUGGAGUUUUGGUACCUGAAACCCUCAACUCUCUUACCAAAGGUUUUCUUCAUACACAGCUUUAAGUUCCUAGAGCGCCAAGAAUCCACUACAUAUUUUGAAAUCCAUUAUUUUUGAAAAUGUGGCAGGAUUUUCAAAAUGAUGAUUAAAAUCAGAUGUAUCAUAUAAAGUUGUUUUAAAUAAAAGGAAAAAUAUCGUUGUUUUUUAAAAAAGUUAACGAUCGCUAAUAGUUCAACAGAUUAGCCAGAUGAAAAGCUUGUUUUUGUAUUGUCGUUUGGGUCUUCUGAUUUAUCUGUUGGUUUACUUUCUUUAGCCCCUAGUUAUCCCCUUUGUACAAACUAUGCACUCUGCCUGCUUUUUACCACUACAGCAUCUACCACAGAACUUUUUACUGUCCUGCAUAAGUAGCUUGUUUUUUGUUAUGUUUUACAAUUUUUACCUUCUAGAUAUGUGACUUGAAACAUUUCUGUUAAAAUAGCUGAAUACACUUAUUAAUAAUCGUUUUAAAAUUUUCAUUUCGAUGAAUCACGCCAAAUUUAAAAUUUUUUGCUCUCAAUGAAAGGACAAAACAAUUUUGUAAAUUUUCAGAACCAGCAGUCAAUAAAGUUUUUUAUUUUUGUUUUACAUUUGUCUGUUCGUUUGUUUGCUUUUACGGUCUUGUCAAACCUGUGUAAGAGAGGAUAGAAGAUAUAUUGGUGUUCUUGUCAAUAAAUUCAAGUUUACUGUGGCCAUCCACUCUUGUAUGUCUUUCGAAGUAUUAAAACCUAUCUGUAUGCAUGAAAUUGUAAGGUUUUUCUCUUGUUGUCAUACUUUAGAAUGACAUGAUCUCCAACCCACUUUCUUUUAUAUAAAAUACGUACAUUUGCUAAAAUUAAUGCUAAAUUGAUUGUUCAUUUGUAGUAUAUUUAUUGUAUUAUUUAAAAAAUAAAUGUAAAUUGAUACCAUAGUGUUACUGGAAGGCCCCCUCUUUAUCUCAGAAACAGAUGUAUUUAUUGUUAAAUGGUUUUUAGUCACUAUUUGCAACUUGUGUUAUGUUAGCCUACCCUGAUCCAAAACUCCAGAUACCGUAAAUGGGAUUUGGACAAAAUAAAUUCAUGUUUUGUCAUUAUUUUACAGAUUGUUCAAAGACUUUCAUCAACUCUACGUAAGUUAAAUGGU